GGCACCCACGCUGGCACAGGACACGCUGGGCAGCCCCCAGUGAUGCCCCUUCCCUGGGCCUGAGCGUGGCCAUGGAGCUGAGAGCCCUGUUCCUGCUGCCACUCUGCUUCCCAGGUCUCCAAAGCCAAACCCCAGAAGUCCAGAGACGACGGGAAGGGGACACUCUGUACAUCCAGUGUCCUUAUGCACCGUGGACUACUGACCAGCAGAUAAAAUAUUGGUGCCUCCCCCGGGGAAAUGGAGGAUGCCAAGAAGUCCUGCACACAUACCUUGAAGACAGCAUACGAUCCAGUGAUGAGAGAAUUAAAAUAAAGGAUAACAGAACUAGUAAGACUGUUUCUGUCACCAUGGCUGACCUCAAGGUAGAGAACUCAGGCACAUAUUUCUGUGCUAUUUACAGCUCUUACAAUAACUAUCCACGGCUAAAGACGAUCUCACUGAUUGUUUUCAGGGAGCUGCUCAGGUGGGAGCUGGACACCCUGACAGUGCAGUGCCCAGUGGGGUAUGGCAUGGCCUGGUGCCGAGGGCAGACUGACUGCACAGGCCCAGCGAGGAGACAAACAUCUUCAAAACAGAGUGAAACGAAAUCCCUGCAAGACAGAGUGACAAUGCAGUAUAAUGGUCAAGGGGCUCUCGUUGUCACCAUGAAGAACCUGAAGAACCAGGACUCUGGUGUGUACUGGUGUGCACUGAGCUCUGGGCACACCCGGAAAAUGGAGAUCGUGCUCUCUGUGUUCAAGAGGACCCAGAAGCUCCCAGCCAAGGAGUCAGGCAAUGUCACUGUCCAGUGUCACUACAAGAUCGCAGACUACCAGGCUGUCAGCAAAGCCUGGUGCAAAAUCAAGGAGGGGAAAAUGUGCAACGUGCUGGUGACCACCAGAUCAGAGUCCCCAGCAGGAAACAGCACGGCUCGGGGGGGUGUCAGGAUCCAGGAUGACACCCAGCAGGGCAUUGUCACCGUCACCAUGGAGCAGCUGCAGGUGCAGGACUCGGGCGUGUACUGGUGCGCGCUCCAGGACGGCUCCGAUCUGCUCCGCAUGGAGGAGGUCACGCUCAGCGUUUCCAAGGCGUUGCCUCCGGGAGGUUUUCCAGACUCUGAAAGGCGAAGUCAAGAAAUUCUUUUGGGUGACAGCUGCAGUGGGAACACCUUCCUCAUCCUGUCCGUGGUGCUGCUCAUCCUGCUGCUCCUGGCCCUCCUCACCUCCAUAGCCCUGGCUGUCAGGUACUCCAGGCUCCUGCUGAGAACAGGUACCAGAGAAGCAGAGGACACCAGUGACAGAGCAGAGGGCACAGCACAGCCUGGCAGCACUGGGAGGAGGGAAAGUUCCCAGGAUGACAGCAAAGGGCCAGCAUACAUCAACCUGGAUGUGCAAUCCCACCCCAACCCCGAGGAUUCUCUUUACUGCAACGUGGAACUGAGUCAGGCUCCCAGGAACCCCCAGCAUGUGGAAUAUGCCGUCAUUGCCUUCAGCCAGUCCCCAAGGACCGGCAGGGAAUGAAGCCCAGAAUCCCAAACAAGCCAGAAAUGGGAGGAAGGAACUGGAAUACAGAGUGGGAAUGAGGAGUAGGAGGUGUGUGUGGUGUUGCCUGAGCAUUUUCAGCCCUCCCUCCUUUUUUAGGGCCAGGCAGAUGUUUUGUCACACUCAUGGCAGAUUGUCUCGGGUCAGGCAGAGCUGUGGGGGAAUUCCACAGAUCUCCUGUACAUCUGCUUUUCCAAUUCCAUUAAAGUGCAGAAUCUUGGAGAGGCA